CAAGAACUAUUCGUGCAAAUUGUUUAUGUGCUGUGAAAAUCGGAUACAUCUAUUGUCUGCGAUAAAUGUGUGACCACAAAUCUUUAUACCAUAAUUAUUUUGUUUAAAGGUUGAAAUAUUAGGAAAAGUGGUGAAAUAGUUAUUUGGUGACGUCAUUUUAUUGUGGAUAUAAUAAACUUUUUUGCUUUUACAGACAAAAUUACGAACAUUUAUAACAUUGUGAAUUAAAAUAUAAACCAUGAAAAAACAACAAUAUUAGCCAUAAAUGGGAUGACACUUUUAGUAAAGAUGAGGAUCUCGCGGGAAUAUUUGUUCCUUUGCACCCUAAUCACAUUACUCUGCGGAAACGUAGCACACAAUUCCCCUCUUUAUGAUGGUACAUUUAUGCGAAAUCUGGAUAUCUCACAAAAUGACUCCAUCGACUAUAGACUACCAACAAACAUUAAACCCCUUUCGUACGAGAUUAUGUUGAAUCCAGAUUUUAAUAAUUUUACAUUUAUGGGAGUAGCAAAAAUUGUUGCUGUAGUACAAAAUUCAACUGACACUAUUACGCUGCACGUGGGAAACAUCAAAAUUGAAAAAUUGUCUCUUAAUACAUUCGCGAUAGAUUCUACAUCUAAUUUUCCGACUUCGUAUGACAAUAUUACUGAAAAGUUUACUAUUACCCUUCCCCGAUUACUUCUAGUAAAUAUGAAUAUGACAAUUAGCUUUGAGUACAGUGGAAUCCUAUCCGACAACAUGAUCGGAUUUUAUAAGAGUUCUUAUUUCGAUGAAAAUGGAAAGCUUAGAUGGCUAGCUGCAACACAAUUUGAAUCGACAUACGCGAGACAUGCCUUCCCAUGCUUCGACGAGCCGAGUUUUAAGGCAAAUUUUACGAUAAGAAUAGCAAGAGAUGAUAAUUAUACGACUAUCUCUAAUAUGCCAUUGGUAAAGUCUGAAAAAUUAAAACCUGAUGGCAAAACCUGGGAUGUUUUUGACCAAAGCAACUUAAUGUCUACAUACUUAGUGGCCUUUGUGAUUGCGGAAUUCGUUCAAAUGGAAAACGAUACAAAUUCAUUUAAAUUUGGAGUAUGGUCCAAACCGUCCACCAUCAAUCAGACUAACUAUGCGUUAAAAAUCGGCACUGCAGCUCUCGAUUUGUUUAGUGAAAAAUUUAAUCAAAGUUAUACAUUUCCUAAAAUGGACAUGGUGGCCAUUCCUGACUUUGAUGCCGGAGCUAUGGAAAAUUGGGGAUUGGUAACAUAUCGCGAGAGCCGAAUGCUGUACGAUGAGAAAGAAUCAUCGGUGUUAGCUCAGCAGGAUGUGGCUUCCGUAGUCGCUCACGAACUCACGCAUAUGUGGUUCGGAAAUUUAGUAACACCAGAAUGGUGGAGCUACCUUUGGCUUAGCGAAGCAUUUGCCUCAUAUUUUGAAUACUUCGGUACCGCACUGCUCGAGGAUACAUGGAACAUGGCGGAACAAUUCGUGGUAGAUCAACAUCAACCUGCAUUAAUGGCGGAUAGUCUUGAAUCUUCUCUUCCAAUGACUCGGGACGUUUUUAGUACAUCGCAAAUCGAAGAAAUGGCAGAUACUAUUACCUAUUUCAAAGGAGCCAGUAUUCUACGUAUGAUGAGUCACGUAUUUGGAAACGAAAUUUUCGAAGAAGCAUUGCGCAGCUAUAUAAAAAACAACAAAGAGAAAGGAUUGGGCCAUCCAGACACUUUAUGGGAAGCAAUAAAGUCAAGUUUCAAUAUUGAUGUAAAAACAAUAAUGGAUUCUUGGACUACAAAAGCCGGAUACCCCGUUGUAACAAUCGCAAUUAAUGACAACGGUAUACUAAAUAUUACUCAAGAACGCUUUCUUCUGAGAAAUUUGAAUGAGACUUCUAUCGAUACCAUUUGGUAUGUCCCAAUCACGUUUACUACACAAACAGAUCCAGAUUUCGAUGACACGAUUCCAAAAUUUUGGAUAGCUUCCAAAAGAUCCACCGCUUAUUACGAAAUUAAUCCGGAAGACUGGAUUAUAUUCAACAUUCAAUCAUCAGGUUUUUAUCGUGUAAAUUAUGACAGCCGUAGAUGGCAAAAUAUUUUCAAUGUCUUGAAACACGGCAACUUGGAUGAUAUUCAUGUAUUAAAUAGAGCCGGCAUUGUAGACGAUCUAUUAAAUCUGGGUAGAGCAAAAUAUCUAGAUUAUUAUACGAUUUUCGAAGGAUUGAGUUAUCUUAAAAGGGAAACUAAUUAUCUGCCCUUUAAAGCAGCAUUCAAUGGUUUCGAAUAUCUAAAUAGGCGAUUUACAGGACAUGAAUUGCAACAUUCUUUUGUCAAGAUCUAUAUCUUAUCUCUUAUCGAUGGCAUAAACACUCAACUAGGAUAUGAGGAUAAGGAAUACGAUGAUAGAUUAACAGUUUUGUUACGACAAGAGGUGAAUAAUUGGCUCUGUAAGCUUGACAAUGACGAAUGUAUAAACAAUUAUGCAAAGAAAUACAAAAAAUGGAAAGAAGAUGCUACUGCUCGUAUCAAACCGAACGAAAGACCCACAGCGUAUUACGUAGCCAUAAGACACGGAACUUUUGAAGAUUGGGAUUUUUUGUGGAAUGAGUAUGUUCAUUCCAAUUAUGCGACCGACAAAAUGGUGAUCUUAAAGGCUUUGGGAUACAGUCAAAAUACCACCAUCUUAGAAAAAUAUCUGAACUCUGCCAUUAGCAGUUAUAGUACCAGCCGAAUUCGCAAACAGGACAGUACAAGCGUCUUUGCAGCUGUUUAUAACUCUGGCCUCCUUGGCGCAGAAUAUGUUCUUGACUUUGUGGAAAAAUAUCAUCAACAGAUGGAAGAAUACUACGGAGGACAGAGUACAAUAGCCGCAAUCCUCAAUGGAGCAUCACAGCAUUUCUCUACCGAAAAUUUAGUAAACAAAUUCGAAAAAUUCAUAAACGCUCACAAAACAAACUUCGCGUCGAUUCAAAAAUCUCUGGAGUACUCCUUAAAAGUCGCUAAAUAUGAAUUAGAUUGGUAUAAUUCCUAUUCGGCAUCUAUAACUCAAUGGCUGCAAACAUACGACAACUUAAGAUUUCGUCUACCCAACAAUAUAAUUCCUACACAUUACUUCAUUUCUCUUACGCCUCAUCUCAAUGAGAAUUUUACCUUCGAUGGAAAAGUGACGAUCAAAGCCGAUGUUAUACAACCAACAAAUCAGAUUAUUUUACAUUUGUCGGAAAUUGAACCUGACGAAGUAAUCGUGAAAGCCAAUCAGACAGAAGUAAAAAAAUUAAAGGAAAAAUUCGUAGAUCGAUAUGAAUUCUACGUUAUAUAUCUCACAACAGAACUAACUACUGGAACGAAAUUGAACAUCAAAAUCAAAUACACAGGUCAUUUGAAUGCUGAGCUUCAUGGCUUUUACAAAAGUUCUUAUGUGAGUGAAAGAGGAACUAGAUGGCUUGCAGCUUCGCACAUGGAACCCGUUAGCGCCAGAAAAAUGUUCCCUUGCUUUGAUGAACCAGCAAUGAAAGCGUACUUCACUAUUCAAGUUAUCGUACAAGAAAAUGGUUACAAACCUAUCAGUAAUACGGCGAUACAAGUGCAAAGGAUAAUCGAUGGUGGUAUAUCAUACACCUUUUUCAAAUCAGUACCGAUGUCGACAUAUUUAGUGGCAGUUCUCGUUUCCGAUUUCGAGUCUAAAUCUAACCAAACUAAUGGAAUUGAAUUAUCUGUAUACGCACGUCCCAACGCCAUCAAUCAAACCGAUUACGCUCUAUCUGUAAUGUCUCAAUUGAUAAAUUUCUACGAAACGACAUACAAGCAAAAAUAUCCACUUCCAAAACUCUAUAUGGCUGCACUGCCCGAUUUCGGAGCAGGAGCAAUGGAGAAUUGGGGCCUUUUAACAUACAGGGAAACGAGUAUGUUAUAUGAUGAGAAUCAUUCGCCGAUCACAAACAAACAAGAUAUCAGAAACGUGAUUGCUCAUGAAAUCUCCCAUCAAUGGUUCGGAAAUUUGGUCAGUCCUCUGUGGUGGAAGUAUGUGUGGUUGAAUGAGGGAUUUGCUAGAUACUUCGAAUAUCACGCUCCAGCUCGUGCGUUUAAUGACGAGACAUUGGAAUCGCAAUUUGUUGUUGACCAAGUACAUUCUGCUUUCAAAGCAGACAGUUCUUCCUCUACACAUCCCAUGAGUCACGAUGUAGCAACUAACCGUGAAAUUCAGAGUAUAUUUGACUCAAUCACUUAUAACAAAGGUGGUAGUAUAUUGAGAAUGAUCGAAAAAACAUAUGGAAUUGACGUGUUCAACGAUGCAUUAAUUGACUAUCUUAAUAAACGAAAAUAUGACGUUGCUACACCGGAUCACUUAUAUGCAUCACUUCAACUAAAAGUAGAUGAGAUAGGAUUAAAAGAUGAUGUCAAAGUUAUCUUAGACACAUGGACAACUCAACCUGGCUAUCCCAUCGUUACUGUCUCUGUUUCAACAAACUUUAUAUUUUUGAAACAAAAACGAUUCUUCCCUAAAGAACAUGAGAAUACUUUUGAUGAUACUAUAUGGCACAUCCCAAUUACAUGGGCAGUAGUUCAAAAUACUUCAGACUAUUUUAAUACCACGCCGAAAUUUUGGUUGACAAAAAAAAGGAUAAUGGAAAAAAAACAAUCGGACUUAUCACCAGAAUCACUUUUAAUAUUCAAUAAUCAGCAAUCAGGUUAUUAUCGUGUAAAUUAUAACAAACAACAUUGGCUGAAGCUGAUUGAUUAUCUUAAAACCCAGGACAUUCAAACAAUUCACGAAAUCAAUCGUGCAGCAUUAAUUGAUGAUCUUAUGAACCUUGCAAGAGCAGACUAUAUUGAUUAUGAAACUGUUAUAUCUGCUACAAUGUAUUUGGAAAAAGAAAAUAAUUAUUUCCCCUGGCGUGCGUUCUUCAAUAAUCUGCCUUACUUAAACAAUCGUUUUGUAGGGCGCGAUAAUGAAGACAUAUAUAAAAAAUGGUUAACAUUGUUAAUAAAACAACUUUACACACGAAUUGGCUUUGAAGAUUACACGAGCGAUGACGAUCUUACUAAGAUAUUAAAAAUACACACUCGCAAUUGGGCUUGUAAAUUAGAUGUAGCUGAUUGUAAAUUCUCCGCUGCAAAAUAUUUCGAACAGAAACAACGUUCAGAAAUAAUACCGCCAAAUUAUCGCGAUGUUGUUUACUGUACAGCCAUGAGAACGGACAAGACAAAUAAAAAUUACGCUUUCUUUUAUUGUCUGUUGUUACGGGAGGCAGUCACAGAGAAUUCACAAAUACGGUAUCAAGAUAGUGCAAAAGUAUUCUCAAGCGUUUACGAUGCGAGUUUAGUUGGCGUUGAAGUUGUCAUGGAAGUAAUUAAAACGUAUUACGAUGAUAUACUUCACCGAAAUUUUAAUGAUUCUACCAAAAUCGCAAAUAUAGUGAACGCUUUGGCAAGUAGAUUAUCUACUUAUGAUCUCUAUAAUCAGUACCAAAAAUUACUCGAUUGGCUGGUUCAAAAAGAACCAAAAUUCGAGAACUCUGUCACUUCCUAUUUGGCAACGGCUGAAAAUGAAUUUGAUUGGUAUGAAAGAAAAGUUCCAGGAAUUUUUAAAGCAUUGGACAAUCUAUUUCCCAAUACGUACCGCUUACCAAAAACGCUCAACCCAAACCUGUAUAAUAUAUCUCUUACACCUUAUAUGCAAAAGGGCACUUUCACAGGGAAAGUGAAAAUACACAUGACAGUUCAGGAAAAUACUACUUUGAUAGCUCUCAAUGCUCACAAACUCAACAUCUUAAGUGUCAAAGUCUUCAGAAAUGACUCAGAAAUAAAUAUACAAAAUUAUACGACAAAACAUAGCCCACAACAACUAAGAAUAUAUUUAUCCAGCUACGUACAUACAAAUGAAAAAAUAAUAGCGGAAAUCCAAUUUAACGGAAUUCUUAAUGAUGAAAUGACUGGAUUUUAUCGUAGUUCGUAUGUCGAUAGUGACGGAGUGCAACAUUGGCUGGCUACAACACACUUUGAGCCUACGUAUGCUAGACAAGCUUUCCCCUGUUUCGAUGAACCAGCGUUUAAAUCAAAUUUCACAAUUAACAUUCAAAGGCUAAAUAAUUACACCUCGCUAAGUAAUAUGCCACACUUAACAGAAACUAAAGAUCCAAAGAACGAUAGAUAUACGUGGGACACAUUCGCCACUACCAAUGUCAGUAUGUCAACAUAUUUGGUUGCAUUUGUUGUCUCUAAAUUUAAAUCAGCGGUUGAGCCUGAGAACGUAACUCCUGAACACGUAACUUUCAACGUAUGGGGUAGACCGGAAGUCGUGGCAUAUGGCAAAUACGCUCGAAAUAUCAGCAUAGCAGUUAUUGACGUAUUGCAGAAUAUUACGGACAUUGAUUAUGCUUUACCUAAGCUGGAUUUAAUAGGAAUUCCAGAUUUCUCUAUGGGCGCAAUGGAAAACUGGGGCCUUGUUACUUUCCGCGAAUAUGGACUUUUCUACGACGAAAAAGAAACUACAGCUACAUAUGAAAAAUAUAUAAUUAUCGUAAUAGCACACGAACUUAGUCAUAUGUGGUUUGGAGAUCUCGUUACUUGCGACUGGUGGGAUUAUAUUUGGCUUAACGAAGGUUUCGCGCAAUAUUUCGAGUCGUUUACAUCUGAUCGAAUAUUUCCAGACUACAAGUUCAUGGAUCAAUUCGUGGUUUACGAGGUGCAUUCUGCUCUGUCACAAGAUGCUUCGAUUUCAGCACAUCCAAUGACAAAUUCUGUUAAAACACCGGAUCAAAUAGCUAGUAUUUUUGACUACGUCACUUACGGAAAAUCCGCUAGUGUUUUACGAAUGAUGUUUAACGCAUUCGGCGAAGAAGCUCAUAUAUUGGCACUCCGUAAUUAUUUAACGAAACGAAAGUAUCUUACAGCACGUCCUACAGAUUUAUGGGAAAGUUUCGAGUCAUUUGUAUCGAUACCAAUUGGCAACAGAAACGCAAGUAUCGAAGAAGUCAUGAAUACUUGGACAAAUCAACCAGGAUAUCCCGUUGUGAAUGCUACGUUAACUAACAAUAUAAUAACACUUACUCAGGAACGAUUCUUGAUAGACAGAAAUACCUCUGGCAAUGAAUUUUAUUGGAUACCAAUUGAUUUAUUCGUUUCAUCCAACCUGAAAACGUAUGCUGAUGUAUCUUUAGAAAACAAAACGUGGCUAGGAUCAGAACCUCAAAAAAUAUUUAUUAAUUCUAUUAACGACUGGUUUAUCGUGAAUUACAAACAAACUGGCUUCUAUCGUGUUAAUUAUGACAAUUCCUCAUGGCAUGCGUUAAUUGACAAGCUAAAUAGUGCAAAUUUCGAAGAUAUUCAUGUCUUGAACCGUGCACAAAUUAUAGAUGAUCUCUUUAACUUGGCUCGCGCUAAUUAUGUGGAGUAUAAUCUAUUGAUAAAAGCAUUGGCAUAUUUGGGAAGCGAGACGAAUCACUUACCUUGGAAAGCAUUUUUCAACGGCCUAUCAUAUAUCUAUAGAAGAUUCGAACUACCGGAGGAUCUAAAUAAGGAGAAGAAUUUCCAGGAGGAUCUAAAUAAAUACGUUUUGAAAUUAUUGUCUAAAACGUACGAUAAUGUAGGAUUCAAUGAUGACGAUAAUGAUACUUAUUUAAAUAGGUUACAUCGAGAAAUGAUUCUUCAAUGGGCUUGCAAGUUAAAUAAAGAAGAAUGUAUACAAAAAUCUGUAGACUUAUUUGCGACUUGGCGUAAUAGUUCUGAAAAAAUUUCACCUAAUGCACGACCAGCUGUUUAUUGCACCGCAAUAAAAAAAGGAAAUACAGAUGAUUGGGAAUUCUUGUGGACUCAAUAUCUACAGGCGAAUCUUCAAACAGAGAAAAAGAUCAUUAUAAAUGCACUCGGAUGCUCGACAAAUAAGACGGUGCUCCAAAAUUAUUUAGGAAAAGCCAUUGAAAAAUAUGAUCCUGCAAAUGCCGCCAUUCGUCGACAAGAUGUUUCAGCGGUGUUUACUUCCGUGUACAGCGCAGGUUCAAUAGGAGUAAAUGUUACCAUUGACUUUUUAACAACAAAUAUCAAAAAACUGCAUCGAUAUUUUGGAAAAUGGGACGAUAUCGUAGAUAUAUUUACUAACGUGGCAUCAUAUGUAUCAAGCGAGGAUCAAUAUAAUCAGAUGGUAUACUUUAUUGAACAUAAUAUACAUCAGUAUCCUUCAAUCAUUAGAGAGAGAUUAGUUUCUGCUCUUAAUAUUGUAGAAACUAACUUAUUCUGGUUCCAAAAUAACGGUGACAAAAUUAGAGAAUUAAUGAUCGGUUCGGAAUCUGGAAAUAAUCCUGAAAAUAGUUCUACCAGAUUAGGAUCACUGAACGUCGUUUUUAUGACUGUCAUUGUUUUAAUAUCGUACCUUUUAAAUUAUUACUAAAUAAUUAAACUGAACAGAAGACAAAAAUUGCUCUUUAGAAUUUUUAUCACGCAAUAAAAAAAUAUAUUCUUAAUCCAUGUUUUUUAUUUAAUGAUU